AUGAAAAUUGAAAAGCUGCGCCACAUCUUCAAAGGUAGAGGCAAAAGUUUAAAGUGUGUAGAAUUUCCCGAUCUGGCAAGGAUUUUGGAGUUUGCUUUUGGAGAAGGUGAUCUGUGGACAGGGCGGGUGGGGGGCUUGAAAGUCACCCCAGACUAACUGACACAGUGCUUUAUAGAGCGGCUGACAGUAACACUAUCAUGAGACACACGAGGGAGACUAUUCUUGCUUUAGCUCCUGAGGGUUUUAAAAUCAGCUUGUCCACCUGCUUCAAUUACAGCCAAAAUUACCGAGAGGGAACGUACCAGGCCAGAAGACACCAUUCAGGAAGAGGUAUCAACGCCUGUCUAUCCUUGCACAAACCACCUAGAAUUGGGGUUGAGCAAUUUGUUAUCAAUUUACACUGGUCCACUCAGAAUGUGAAUCUCACAUUGGACAUGGCUCAUUCGUUUCCCAAUGAAAUUUUAAAUGACUCAAAGGACGCCAAGACGAAAAUAAACGCCGACAUAUCACCUGUUCAGAAACCCGGCAAAAGUUGGCGGAAAAUAAUCCUCCCCGAUCACGACUGGAAUAGGCCCGCUCAAAAUGCAAUCACACCAAUGAGUCACCUGUUUAUACAGACAGAUUUGACUCUUGAAGAUAAAAAGGAACAAAAUCUUGUCUACAGCGUUCGGAGAACAGGCGCAGCAGCUACUCUUUUAAAUAUAUCCUACUUUGAGCGUGAAACCAUACACCGAGUUUUCAAUGAAAUCUUUCUUCUUUUAAGAAAUCCAUCACUAGAUCAUCUGUUCAGAAACCCAGACACUGGCAAAUUAAAAAAACACUUUGCAUUCAUCGUGGAUAAUAGUCCAUCAGAGGCCCCAUCGAACCCUUUGGUGCAAAUGUGGCUGGUUCGUUUAGCAAGGGUAUUGAAACUGAAAUCAAUAACACAAAAGUCUUUUGCAGAGUACCAUAGUAAAAGAAAUCUAGUAGAACGAGUCCACGCUGUUCAGAAUCAUGCCCUGUCAAAUGAGCAGUUUUCAAGCAAGGGAAUUUAA